AAUACACACCGUCCUCAUCGCAGCACAGUAGUACGGGCUGACGCGCGAUCGCAUAUCCGAAGCGCUAGAGCGGCCGAGAGAUCUCCCUGCGUGUGUGCGUCUCGAGUGAUGGAGAAGCAUUGUUUUUAUUCUUAAAUCUACCGCUCACUAGCGUUACAUUCAGGAGGUUGAUCGUCGUCCGCCAGGCUUUACCUUUACGGGACAUCUACUGGGAAAACUGCCAAACUAUGGAUUGCCUCAUUGAAGUUGGGCCACCCGAUCCUGUCUCCGCCUAGACAACUGACCGAAGAUUUAUUGGGAAAGGCAUAAAAGGAAUGUUGUGUUACCUGCGUUACUGUUUAUUAGAAAUCCUCGCUAAUUGUCAUUAAUAGUUUUCAUUGCCAAUGUUCAAAUCUGUGUAUGCGUAAAAAAAAGGACACGGGCAUCUAGUAUCCGCAACCUGGUAUCUGCGGAUAUGCAGUGCGCUAUAUAUUUAUAAUUGACAUCUGUUUUUUUGAAAUAUUUUUCGUGUUAUUAUAUUUUCUGCGGCUGCAAAAGUGUACACGUUGUGCGCGGAUCGUUUUUGAACAAGUAGCCUAGGAAGUGCGCUCAUUGUAGGUCCCACCAUCCACGUUUUUCGCCAUAGGCCUACCACUGUAGUGCAAUUGACAACACAGUGUCCAUUAGGCUACUGUUUUAAGGAGGAACACAUAUCGCCAUCCUAGGAUUUAGCCAUGGCUUUACCAGACAGCAGCAUCCCCGGGGACGAAGUUGGCUUCCCAGAGAUUAUUGAGCUGAACGUCGGUGGGCAAGUGUACAUCACGCGCUAUUCUACCCUCACUAGCGUGCCAGACUCUCUCCUGUGGGACAUGUUCAGUCAGAAGUCGACCAAAGGACUGGCCCGGGACACGAAAGGCAGGUUCUUUGUGGACCGCGACGGCUUCCUGUUCCGUUACAUCCUGGACUACAUGAGGGACCAGCAGCUGGUUCUCCCGGACCACUUCCCCGAGCGAGGCCGGCUGCAGCGCGAGGCCGAGUUCUUCAACCUGCCCGAGCUCGUCAAGCUCCUGGCGCCCAAAAUCAGCAAGCAGAACUCCCUGGGGGACGAGGGCUGCCAGAGCGACCCCGAGGACGCCUCCCCCGGGCUGGAGACCGGCCGCCACAUGGGCUCCCUGGGGGCGGCGGCGGCGGCCUGCGCCAGCCUGGUCCCGGGAGGCCUGGACGCCAGCAAGCGCUCGGGCUUCAUCACCAUCGGCUACCGGGGCUCGUACACCCUGGGCCGCGACAGCCAGACCGACGCCAAGUUCAGGCGGGUGGCGCGCAUCAUGGUGUGCGGGAAGACGUCCCUGGCCAAGGAGGUGUUCGGCGAGACCCUGAACGAGAGCCGGGACCCCGACCGCCCGCCGGAGCGCUACACGUCGCGCUACUAUCUCAAGUUCACCUUCCUGGAGCAGGCCUUCGACAAGCUGGCCGACUCCGGCUUCCACAUGGUGGCCUGCAACUCCACGGGCACCUGUGCCUUUGCCCACGAGCAGACGGACGACAAGAUCUGGACCAGCUACACUGAAUAUGUGUUCUACCGAGGUCAUUCAGCGCUCCUUGGGGGGUCAACCUCAGAACCCCCGGUCCCAAUAGAAGGAGUUCAUCCCCGGCCUGCAGCUGUCUGUGCUCCAGUGGCCCCCAAGCCGAGCCCCCCCAGCAUCCGGACCAACAGCCUCCCAGAGAACGCCACCGUGAAGGCCAACAUACGAUACGUAGCCCCGCCCUCCAUGGAGUCGCCCUCACCUCUGACCUCUCCGGCUCCUCCACCUCCUCCACCGCGACGGCCAUCUCUGGACUGGCAAAACCUUCCUCCUCCCCCCUCUACACCCGUUCUACCAGGGGGACCUGCGUCGCCCAAACCUGCGACCUCCGCCACCCCGCCCACUUCCAACUCCACCCCCCCCACCUCCAACUCCACCCCACCCACCUCCAACUCCACCCUCCCCACCUCCAACUCGGCCACCUCCACCACCAGCUCUGACAUCCCGGGGCCCGUUCUCCUGGAGAGCCCGCAGCGGCCCAAGACCCUGAACCUGCGGACCCUGCCGCGCCCCUCCUUCAAGGAGAACGGGGGCGGCCCCCCGGGGGGCGGGGACGAGGAGGAGGCGGAGGAGAACGAGGAGGAAGAGAGGAAGAUGCUGGAGGACGACCUGAAGAAGUGCAUCGAGGACUUCCGGAAGAUCCGCGUGCCGCGAGUGUUCCCCGACCGCAAGAGACACUGGCAGUCGGACCUGCUGAAGAAAUACAACGCCUGAACCCGUCGCCUUCUUCCUCUUCUGCUUCUUCUUCUUCUGUUUACCUCCUUUACCUCAUUAUUCAUCCUUUGGUUGAGUUGUUUUCUUCUUCUACAGACGUUGAGGCGUUGAGAGGAGCUGGGAGGGCUUUGUAUAAGGAGGGAAAUUAUUAAAUUGAAGGCUGCUUAGCAAGCAGGGACGCUGUUCACUGCAAUGUGUGUCCCCGACGGGAAGGCCAAGCCUUUGGAAAAGUACCUCUGUUCUGGAUUGAAUAAUAAACUCCUUCCCCAUACUCAAGUAGCGAGUUAGAUCCCUUGGGACCAUGCUUAAGUGAUUUUUGACCAUUGGGACAACGUAUUCCAUUUUAAUGAACAUUUCGAACCAUGUGAUUCAGUAAUCGUCGGUAUACCAGGUCCAUCAGUAUAUCAUUAUAGCUACCGGUCAAUAUUAUGAGACGAUAAUAGUUGCUACUUUCUGAAGGACAUACAGGCUCACCACCAAUUACGCAUCCAAACCUGCCCUCUGUACUAAAUGUCAAGUGUUCAGCAUUUGAGCCUGCAAAUAAAUAAUCAAAACUC